GGGUGAUCCUCUUAUGCCUGUGGCCUUGGCCUCUGAGGACGGCAGUGAGUGCUGUUCCCUCAGUACGGUGGGGGCUCCAAGGGCCUCCUAGCUGCUGUGCCUCUGCUGACAUUUGGCAGGCAGCUUCUGCCAGCCAAGGGUCUUACCCCCAGCCCCCCGGCUCUGCACCCACUGUGCUGCCCACAGGAGUGGUCCUGCCCAUGGAAGGGCCAGUUCAGGUGGCCGGAGCUCCUGAGCUGCCCUAGGGGACUGCUGUGGGUCUGAGGUGGUGAUGUCCCCCACGGCUGCCUGUGCCUGAGCCCCCACGCAUCCACCCCUGGGGCCACUCUGUUGUUCAGGAGCACCCACCCAUGUCCUCGACCAUGAGCAGCCCCCCAGCUUACCCUGGCAUCAGGAUCUCAGGGUGCCGGGCCCUUGGAGCAGAAGGCAGCAAUGCAGAGUCCCUGGACAGGCUCCUGCCACCUGUGGGCACCGGGCGCUCUCCCCGGAAGCGGACCACCAGCCAGUGCAAGUCAGAGCCUCCCCUGCUGCGCACAAGCAAGCGUACCAUCUACACCGCGGGGCGGCCGCCCUGGUACAAUGAGCACGGCACGCAAUCCAAAGAGGCCUUCGCCAUCGGCUUGGGAGGCGGCAGUGCCUCUGGGAAGACCACUGUGGCCAGAAUGAUCAUCGAGGCCCUGGAUGUGCCCUGGGUGGUCUUGCUGUCCAUGGACUCCUUCUACAAGGUGCUGACUGAGCAGCAGCAGGAACAGGCCGCACACAACAACUUCAACUUCGACCACCCAGAUGCCUUUGACUUCGACCUCAUCAUUUCCACCCUCAAGAAGCUGAAGCAGGGGAAGAGUGUCAAGGUGCCCAUUUAUGACUUCACCACGCACAGCCGGAAGAAGGACUGGAAAACACUGUAUGGUGCAAACGUCAUCAUCUUUGAGGGCAUCAUGGCCUUUGCUGACAAGACACUGUUGGAGCUCCUGGACAUGAAGAUCUUUGUGGACACAGACUCCGACAUCCGCCUGGUACGGCGGCUGCGCCGGGACAUCAGUGAGCGCGGCCGGGACAUCGAGGGUGUCAUCAAGCAGUACAACAAGUUUGUCAAGCCCUCCUUCGACCAGUACAUCCAGCCCACCAUGCGCCUGGCAGACAUCGUGGUCCCCAGAGGGAGCGGCAACACGGUGGCCAUCGACCUGAUCGUGCAGCACGUGCACAGCCAGCUGGAGGAGAGGAAGCUACGUUGGGAUAUGGCUGCGCUGGCCUCGGCACACCAGUGCCACCCGCUGCCCCGGACGCUGAGCGUCCUGAAGAGCACGCCGCAGGUACGGGGCAUGCACACCAUCAUCAGGGACAAGGAGACCAGUCGCGACGAGUUCAUCUUCUACUCCAAGAGACUCAUGCGGCUGCUCAUCGAGCACGCGCUCUCCUUCCUGCCCUUUCAGGACUGCGUCGUGCAGACCCCGCAGGGGCAGGACUAUGCGGGCAAGUGCUAUGCGGGGAAGCAGAUCACCGGUGUGUCCAUUCUGCGCGCCGGUGAAACCAUGGAGCCCGCGCUGCGCGCUGUGUGCAAAGACGUGCGCAUCGGCACCAUCCUCAUCCAGACCAACCAGCUUACCGGGGAGCCCGAGCUCCACUACCUGAGGCUGCCCAAGGACAUCAGCGAUGACCACGUGAUCCUCAUGGACUGCACCGUGUCCACGGGCGCCGCGGCCAUGAUGGCAGUGCGCGUGCUCCUGGACCACGACGUGCCUGAGGACAAGAUCUUUCUGCUGUCGCUGCUCAUGGCAGAGAUGGGCGUGCACUCAGUGGCCUAUGCAUUUCCGCGAGUGAGAAUCAUCACCACGGCGGUGGACAAGCGGGUCAAUGACCUUUUCCGCAUCAUCCCAGGCAUUGGGAACUUUGGCGACCGCUACUUUGGGACAGACGCGGUCCCCGAUGGCAGUGACGAGGAGGAAGUGGCCUACACGGGUUAGCCGCCCAGUGAGCCAUCCCGUCCCCACCACCCUCCUCCUGCCUCCUGACCCAGGACUGCUGAAUACAAAGAUGUUAAUUUUUAAAAUGUUACAGUAUAAUUUAUUCUAUGCAUUUUAUAAAAUAAAUAAAGCUUUAGAAAAAUGAA